AGACUACUCCGUUCAAGGACACAAGCCGAGGCCAUGCCGUCAUCGAUUCGGAAGAUUGAUCUGAUAGAGGCAUUGCGAAACUAUCACCAACAGCAAUGUCGUGGUAUUGGUGGCAGAUGCAGCAGCAGCAACAGCAGCGAAGACGAAGCAAUAGAAACAUCAGGGCGUCAUUCAGCUGCUACAAGUGCUAGCGAGUUCGUGUCGGGGUGGGAUGAAACAGUUGCUGAUGAUGUUGGUGAUGAUGGGAACAAUUCUUCUUCGGAUGCUGGUCUCGCAACGUCCUUACAGCAACGAUUUCACAACAAAAGCAGAACAUCCAUAACACCACAUGCGGUGGCCAAUGUGUCCUGGGUCUAUGGCAUUGCAGAAGCAAAAGAGGGGGGUUGCGUUACCAGGAACCACGACGGAAUAGAUAAUGUUUCUAGCAGUAAACAAAGCGGCAGCCGAUCACAAUCAGAAUGGAGGUUCCGGUGGAAAACCUCCCUGGCACCUCAUCGAAUUCAUCAGAUUGCAUCCAAUGAGUCCGGAACAAUCAUUGCGGCGACUACCGACAAUGGGACUGUUAGCAUCAUCCGCGGACACGAUGGGCGCAUAUUGGCUACCCGAAAAGUGGCAGAAACAACAACGGAAGAUGAUAACAUAACAAUGAACUCCUCUUGUUCUCUGUUGGAAAUGGCACCCGAGGUGUCCUUUGUGACACAGAAAGCGUCGUCAAAUAAAAAGUUGGACAAUGUCAGGGACGCUCUUUUGGUACAAACCCCCAACCAACCUGCUCUCCUCGUUUCAAAUAUCCAAGGCGAUCGCCUAAACGAUGACAAUGAUGCCGUCGUGACACAAGCUACAAAAUCCAUGAACUUACAGGUGCUCCAGAUACCUUCGAUACAACCGGCUGAUGUGGAGUGUAUGCGUGGAUAUUUCUUCUCGUCGGGAUCAGAUGAUGAUGAAAAAAAUGAACAGAACACUAAAGAUUCUUAUUGUGAAAAAAUCCGCUUGGUGUUGAUCCACCAAGAUUUCAGCGGAGAGGAAAGAUUGGCAUUGGCUGAAUACGAUCUCGGAACCCAGCUGUGUCAUCUUCGUCAAAAAGAUCUUUCCGUUCCAGACAGAUCUAGUUGGGAGAUCGACACCUUCGUUGGUCUGCGGCUAACUUCGACUGUUGGUAGAUUUGUCCUAGCCUUGGUAGUGCAUCCGAAAACUUGCCAAACAGUGAACCAUGAAAAGAAUCUUCAGCAAAAACAGCUUGCAUGUAGCAAAAUUCUAUGGUUAGAUCCAGAUAACGACUUGGAAGAUAUGCAUCAGCAAGGUCAAUUAUCUGCGGACCCCGAUGUAUCGAAUUUUGUCGCCAUCAAGGAAGAGUACCCAUUAGUAGCCGCAUUGAAGGAGGAUGGUGUCACACAUGAACACUCCACAAGAUAUCAACGGUCUCGUGUUCAAGCACUGGAAUUUGCCCAUGCCUUUAAUUCUCACGAGGCAAUAGCAAUGAUUGUUGCAGCGGAAGAAGCAGGGGGAGGAAGUUCCCCCGACAUUCAAAUCCUACAAGCCCACGUUCAGAACAACAGUGAUGGGGUACUUCAGUUUGGCCGUGCUCACAUGGUUUAUCGAAUCCAAAUGCCUUCAACGAUGGCACCAACACGGUCUAUUUGCCUUUGUCCACUUGAUUCCAACGUCUAUGGUCCGUAUUCUUUUUGUUCCAAGACUUCUCUAGGAUGGAACCGUAUUGAAGAAAUGCACAUGUUUGAAACGAGAAGAAUGGACGAAUACCGCACCGAUGGCUCGGCAAUUGGGGUUAUCCGGCUCCUCAUCACAAAGAAUGAAUUUGAUAGAGCUCGGGCUUUGGUUCAUGAAAACGGUAUGGAAGUUUUGCUUGGAGAUAAGUUUGCUCAAUUCCAUCCGGCCGAAAUUGUACUCGAGCGUCUUCGACAAAUUCUUUCUAAAUCGUUAGAACGUGUUGCCAUGCCUUCUUCGGACGAAGAAUUGUUGGACGACGAUUGGUAUGAAUCAUUGAUUGGACUUGAAAGAAGUGCCGGUAAUACAAAAGGACAGCGAGUUCUCUUGGAAGCUGCUGAUUAUCUUCUUCAUUGGCCCUCCAAUUCAAAACUUAAGGUCUCCGAUUGUGGAGCAAUGACAAAGAGAUUGGGUUCAUAUCUAUCUUCAUUUGUAAAAAUGAUGACAAAUGCUUCUGAGGACUUUUUUGAUCAAGACGUUCCUACUUGGAUAAGCACAACCUAUAACAAUAGGGUUCUUGCACUCGAAGAAAAAAUGACGGCAAUCACAUACCUCAAUUCGUUGCGGGAGAGCAGAAAGUCGGAAACAAACCCUCUCUCCGAUAACACGGAUUAUUCCGUUAUCAGCUCUCGAUUCACGUCAAUUGGUUCCAUUGAUGACCUAUUCUUCUUUUUCAUUCAAAAUGCUAACUUUUCUGAAGCAGAGAGGUUGUGGGGAUCCACUUUACGGUCGAAAAUUACCGCUGCAGUCAUGGUUUCGUCGAUUCUUCAAAUUCCUUCGACGAUUCACCCUCGCAAAUAUGCCAAUUUGCUUGAUGGCAUCGUACUACCCAGUCUUUCGAUCAACCACGAACUAAUCCCCUCAAUCUUGAAUUGGGCAUGUCAAAUGGCUGACAAAUUUGAUGCCGAGAAUGAAGAGGGACUGAAUAAAUCAAUAUUUCUAUUGGAGACCAUUGUUCGCGCAACAAAACGUCUUCGAUUGAAGGUCCAUUCCUCCUUCGCAUAUUACUCUCCAUUUGUGGAUAGAACAAUCAGUGCGAACAAAAAAGGUCGCCUGUUUUCAAUGAAAGAACGCAAUAAUAACAACAUGUCAAUGAGUGGAAUUCUCUCUUUGGAUGCAAGUUUUGGAACUGAAAGUAGAUCUUUGGUCUCCCAUCCCAGUGAUGAUUCACUUUCCCUGAACGGCCGCGCAAAGAAGAAAGCACGCACAAGUAACAACAAUGAGCGAUCAAAUCCAACAAUAUUGGAGUUUGGACGCAUGAAGGGGGGUGCUGCAAGGUUGGGUCAGGUUCAUGCGCUGAGGGUCGACACCAUUGAUGAAAAUGAAGAAAGUGUCGAAACAAAGCUUGAAACUGCUCGAUGGCUGAAACUAGCCCGAUCGCUUGGCUUGGGCCGCGAGCUAGUGAGUCUCUACAACUUUGAGGAUCAGGGCGGGGUGGGUUAUAUUUCGAAAGAACUCACUCGUCACUAUUCUUCUGCAGCGAGUUCACAUGAGGAACGGCAUAAUGGUCUAACGAACGAGGUUCAAAAAUUUUGUGCCGCUUCUCAUGCCAAAUAUGACGAAGCUCUAAUGGAAUAUUCUAAAGAGCUUUGUCGCGGCAAAAGCACAAGUUCUCAAGCGAUAGAAGAAGUUGCUUCUGUGGCUCGAUGCUGUCUGAAUUCUACAGCCAAGUGCCAAAUCACAAAAAUUGCACUCCAGGCAGCUCUGUUCUGUCGAUUUUCUCCUGUUUGGCUCACAGACUUGAGCAAAGAUGCUAUUGAAUGGUCCGCUGGAGAUUCAUCUCUUCGAUCAGAAUUAGAAGAGGCUUCUCGUCUCCUUUUGAUCGAUGGCAUUGUUGGUCGCUACUGUGGAAAUGGUGCGAAGGAACUUUUUCACGUCGAUAACCCUUUUCACGCAACGAGUCUAUUAGAUUUUGUUUCGAAACAUUUGGAUCACGAUUCCGUUCUAUCUGACAUCCUUGACCUCUGCGAGGCUUUCCAUCACCUUUCAGUUGAAGAUGGAUGUGGCAGGCUCAUUCAAAAUACGAUUUUGAGAGGGCAUCGAGACAAGGCUCGAAGCAUUCUCGAAUCUUUGUAUGAUCGGAAUGCAAGCUCUGCGCAUAGUGUUUUUUCUCGCGUAAUUUCAUUUUGCAUUGAUCUCAUUCAAGAGAACUCCUCAUUUCUCGGACCAUUUCCGGACGGCAGCAUGUCAGUAGAGUCUUCUAUGCGUCUUAAGGAGUCGAAGGUUGUCACAAACUGUGCAUACGAUUUGACGAUGAUCGCACUGGAAAAUGCGGGGAUGAUUAUUAGCAGCCACUUUGGAAGUGGAUUUACGAAUUCACAAUUCAAUGAAUCCAGAUUACAAAGUCUUUUCCUCGAUCUUGAACGACUGAUAGCACUGCAACAGGAUCAUAAUAUUUUUGUUUCAUUGGCUGAUCUAAAUGAUUCAAAAGUAAUGAUCGGUAUGGCGUCAAAGCUUCUCAACAACCUCGGUAUUAUGUACACAAAAGGCGAAUUCAAUGCCGCCAGUACGAUCGCUACUAAAACGAGAAGAGCAUGCUCACUUCUCUCACGACCCCCCCAGUUGACAGAAUCGGAUCUCCUUUUUACGGCUGCAAAUCCAGUUGCAUGUCAAUUAGCAUUGCGAACCAAUGGCUUCGAGGCUUUUGAUUUCCUUUCAGACCUUCGGAUUCUAGAAGCCUCACAGUGUAAUCUCGCUGCUCGAUGUUGCCUCUCAGUGGCUCUUUCGUAUUGCAUGAAAUUGUCCAAAAAAUCCAGUUCUUGCUUGUUAGAUACUAUGAAAGGUCUUGUGAUGGCCUCAUCGCUUAUCCAAGACUACAUUCUUUCUCGUUGUUCAAUUGAUAUCCUUGGCGUGGCAGUAGAUUUCUCUCAAUUAUGUGACAUUGUAUCGCAGGUUCUAGCAAGGGCGGAUGAAGGAUAUGGGGAACAAUUAGAUGACUUUCGAAAGAUGUUAGUUCAAAGGGCGGCAGAAAAACGGUGGUCGUUUGCUCUUUCAAAUAACAUCACUAGAAGUGGAAUAGGAGAGAGUCUACGUGUGAGCCAACCCAUCUUGCAUCCUUCGUGGUAUAUUGGAGAUGGUCUACUUCUUCCCCCAGAAGAAGCGUUGAAAAAAGGGAUCGAAUACUGCAAACAAUCCAUGGGAUUGCAACUAAUGGACGAGCCAUCGAUGGGUAUUCAUGCGUUUGUCGCUAACCGAGGUGCACAUGCGUUGGCUCUUCGAAUUUUAUCUCAUUCGACUACGACGCAAUUGUGUCUUCCACAGAGUGAUAUUGCCCUGAGCGAGCUUGAGGACUUUAACCAACAAAUUGGUAUAGCUUUAUUGGAACGGUAUCUAGGCGGUACAGGGAACGGAAUCACAAGCGGGGUCGUAGAUUCUCAACUCGCAGCAUCAUUUUUGUUGUCGUUGCCACUGAAACUUGCUUUCAAGAUCUACAGAUCUUCACUACCCACCGCAGUAAGCACAAGAGAUUUUUCAAGAGUUGUAAUUCUUGCUACUAUCGGGAAAGUAUCUGGAUCGAAGAACUCAAUUCUGUCUCCAACUGGAGCACAAUUGGGAAAUUGGACCCGCCAGAGUAAAUUUGUAUCGCAGUGCGAUAGCCUAGCUAUGAAAGCGAGUUGGUGGAACGUGUUGGAGGAAAACAACGUAAACUUCAACCCUCAUAAUUUUGAGGAGAGAGUAGAAAUUGAACACGCAGAGGAUUCAUACGUUGCCUCAAUGAUCCCAGCUUUAAUUGCAAACAAGAUGUCCAAGAAAGACGGGGAUAUUGAUUGCACGCUAUCCUUGGCAAUUCAGUUUGCAAAAUCAUUUUCACUACCAAAAGAUUUACCUGCUCGCCGUUUCAUCCAGUAUUUACUGGUUCCUUCCAAAGCUUAUAAUGGGCAGUUUAUCAAAAACAAAGUAUCGUGUUUGAGCGAUACGGUACGAAGAUUACUUCAUCAUUUGACUUGCGCCUCGGAACGAAUCAAAAUUCUUCGCCAAUGUUUAAUGCUGGUGGAAGGGCAGGACGAUUGCGUCGACUACGAGAGACUUUGCGUAAUCUAUGGGCUGUACCAAACAGAAUUAUCAACAGUAAUAUCGAAAAAAACCAACGAAGAAAAUGAAUUGCUUGACAAUCUCCUCAUAGAACUUGAGGCCAUCGAUAGACGUCGAGAUGCGCUCGCGAUUUUGUCGUCCUACUUUCAAGGCGAGAAGAAAGAUGAACGUCCGUCUUUCUCUAUGUUUUUCACUCCAUUGAAAGGGUCAAUUGAUGAUAACUCAAACGAAAAGUUCAAAUUUAAAAAGAUUCGUAGUAGGGUUCUGGGGUGGGAGGUAGAACCUGAACCAGAUACAUUUGAUCCUUUGGAUCCAUUGGAAAAAAUUCUUCGGUCCACAUGCAGCUCAGCUAUCACAUCAGGACUCUCUCCUCUAUGCAUCCCACUAGGUGUACCACGAGGUUAUAUUCGUGUUCGGUCACUGAUUGCAAGAUUUCAAAAAUCAAAAAAUGAGGGUGCAUCGUUACCGACAUUCGAUGAAGACGUCAUGCCGAUUUUGAAUCAAUUGAGAGCCCCAUCGGAUGUGGCAGAGCUCGCAGAGUGGUGUUCGAAUCAAUAUGGAUUAGAUUCAUCGGACAAACUCAGCUGCUUAGAUUAUGCUCUCAACUUUGCCAUUAAAGCUUCAACCGAAGCUGAACGCGGCGCUAGUCAGCAGAGCCAAGGGAUUGAGACUCAUAUUGAGUGCGACGAAGCAAAGGCACUCGCUCGGGUCAAACGUAUAACUGUAGCAAAAGACCUUCUUGGCGACCGUCUUGAAAUUACAAGCAUUCUGCAACCGCAUCCUCAAGCGACAAAAAAUCCUUGCCCAGUUUCUAGACUAUUAGAGAAACUUAUGGCGAAACUAGAAGAACAAGUAUGGAGUAAAUCUGAUCCAUUUGUUCCCGAGCGAUUUGUCACUACAAUUCUCACAGAAGCUUCACUGCUCGUGGCUAAUGCCACAUUGUGCGAGGAUGAAUCUUUGUCAGUUGGUCAAUUUCGACAACUUUCUCUUUUGGUGCAUCGUGUGUGUAAUUGUAUUGCUGGCAAGUAUUCGCAUGUUCAGACUGGGUAUAUUGCUCGACGUGUGACAAAGCGUUGGUUAUUCCAUGGCGACAAGCAGGCUGAUGAGAUUGACGAAAAAGAUAAAUUCAUGAUUCCAGUCAUUCCUCAAAGCAACAGCCUCAUUCCAGACAUAGACGAAGAUGAUACUAUGAACUUUCAAAUGGAUCUAUCCAUUCUUAAAGAAGGAUCAGACUGGGCCUCUAAUUUCAGUGUGGGUGCUUCCCGCUCAAUUGACGAUAAGAAGAAAUUAACUUCAGAAGAAGAGCCUUCAAGUCUCGAGGCCUCUUCCGGUCGUGAAAUGUCUGAAGAAGCCAGCCACCGCUCGUCACUGCGUAUUGCAUUCGUAAUGGCUUUUGCGGACGGGUAUCAUCGAUCACUAACUGAUGAUAGCAACGAAGACGGCAACGAAAAUUGGAAGCCAGAGGUAAAUCGCAAAACUAAGCCGACGAAAACACCACGUCGAGGCUUGCUUUCGAGAAUGAAAAAACCGAAGGCGAAAGAUAAAGAGGACCAACACACAAGCGUUCUUGAACACGCCAGAGAUCUUGUUCGAGUUGUUUUUGCCAAAUCAAAAUCAGGAGACCGUGUUUUGAAGGGACUAAAUGCCUCAUUUGAUUCUAUCGUUGUUGGAACAAAUCGUAGCAAUCCUGCAACAAUAACUUUUGCCAUGAGGCACCGCUGUCUCCGAGUCGCUUCUAUCCUGGUUCCUCAAGAAGCACUCGAAGAAGUGCUGAAUGAAGACGAGUUUGCCCCGAGCUCAUCAUUAAAAGUAUGCUCAUUUGGAUCCUUUUGUGCAAAAGAACUGGAGGAAAUGGGUCUUCCAAUUCCACACUCAGAUUUGUCUCAGUUGAGCAAAAUGCACUUUCCAUCUUACGCUCGCGCACUCUGGAGGCAUCAUCGAGAUAUCAAGAGGGGAAAAGGGAGACUUUUGCUGCUUAUCCUCGAAUUGUAUCUGAAGGAAACUAUUUCGGACAAUAGCUUCUUUAUAUCCAUCAUGCACGAAAUUGAGACUUUGAACCUGCCUCGUACAUUUUUACUCUCUUUUGAAUGCAUCGUCCGAUACAUGGAUAAGAUUGGGCCGGCAAAUACUCCAUCUUUCCUUGAAGUGAAUGCUUCAGAACUUUCAAGAUUUUCAGACAGGUUGUUACAAAUGGUAUACGCCGACUUGAAACGAAAGAUUGAAACAUCGAACUCAGAUAGUAAUGGAACAAUUGGCUCUAAUUUAGGAGACUCAACGUUGAACACACUGAGUCGUUUGGGUCACGUUCUUGGGGCCUUUUCGGAUACAUCCGAAGGACAACGUGCAUUGCUUCGAUAUUGUCAAGAGUUGCUUAGAAUAUGUCACUUUGCUCCAUCAAAUGACGAGCAUCAACGGUUGCGUUUUAUCAUCGAGUAUUCGAUGUUUCAAGUAACAGAUAAGAGUGUACAAGUAGAUCUCUUUGGAAAACUUUCCAAACUACUAGGGGAUGGGGUUGCAGGACAAGGCAAAGAGAAAGCAACUGGGGUUGAAUACUUGUCACCUACCUUGCAAUAAUAGGGUACAAAUUAAAAGUCGAAGGUUUGC